AUGGAAGGUAAAGAAGACCAAGGAAGUCAGGAGCGGUUGCAGGAUUGGAAAAGGACCAUCGAGAAGCUGGAGAUGGAACGGCACACGAUGCGUACGAAGCUCAAGCAGUUGACGGACGAGAAUACUAAGCUGGUGGCACGCCAACAAGCUGAAGCUGUCCAUUUCGGUAGCGAGGGAGAAGAUUCGCCCGAUGCGCUCUCGGAAAUAGAGCGGCAGCAGGAACUGUACAACAAUAUCAGCCUGAAAAACAAGCACAUCAAACGAUUGCUGCGGGAUAUAGACGAUCUUGAAAAACGGAACAGCUUUCAGGUGGACGCGAUCAAUGGAUUGCAGGUCAGUUUGAAUGAUGCCACGCUGAACCUUACGGCUCUCACGCACCAGUACGAGGAGCUAAAGAUCCGAUCCAAGGAGCUAGAGGAUACGAUCGAAGAAUCCAACGUAAAGAUCGAAACGCUGGAAAGCGAAAUCGCACACGUUUCUCAAGAACGGUCAGCUCUGGCGGAAGAGCUGGAUACCGCGAGCAGGCAGUUUGAACUGCAAUUAAGCGAGUUGCAAAAGCAACUGAAAACCAAGGACGAUGCUUGGCUAGAGUUAAAGGAUCGAUAUGACGAUCUGCUCAGCCAAUUCCCGGGAAUAGACAUCGAAGCAGAGCGACGAGAGUACAGGCUGAUGGAGGAACGACUGCAACAGAAGGAUGAGGUGAUCAUCGAUCUGGAGGAUAAACUCUUAACCCUUUCCAAAGAAAUUCAUCGAUCAACGGAAAUGAUGAACCGUAUUAGUGAGGAGAAACGACGGGCCAGUAAAGAAAAACCAAAAGAAAGUCAAUGCUGUAACGAGUUCCGGUUGCAACUCGAGCGGGCCAAUGAACGAUGCCGCGAAAUGCAGGAGCUGCUCACUGGUAUUGAGGAGGACAAUUGUUUAAAGUCACGUCAGGCCGUCGAAGCAAUCGAAGCAUUGAGACGAUACGAAAACGGCGAAGAAGGGCUAUCGAGCGCAUUGCGUAAAAUAAAUCGACUUCAGGAGAAGGUCAGCAAACGGGACAAGCAAAUCCGGGAGUUGAUUGCGGAGAUCAAUUUGGCGCACGAUAUCGCCUUGGAGAAUAGUGUCCUUCGGCAACGUCUUGGCCUGCCCGACGAUGAGGUUGUGGCUACGAGCUCCAUUUUAGCACAACAGAAGAGAACUGCCAAGGUAAAUGAACGACUCGCGAUGAAAUUGCGUGCAUCGGAAGAGAUGAGGCUGCAGCUUAAACUGGAGAAAAACGAGCUCAAACGUAAACUGGUCGCGAUGCGAUGCGAAUCUUCAAGUAAGGGAGGCGGGGAUGGAGAAACCGAUAUGAUCGAUGUUGGUGAGGUGAUGGUGAAAUUUUGUGAAAAAUGCAUGAAACAGUAUAAUAUACAGGACAGCGUACGCCAUUGCAAAGCGUGCAGGUUUCGGCAGAGCUUCAAUUACUGCGACACGUGCGUGGGGCAAUUGAAGAUGAAUUUCGAAGAUAUUCCCGACAACCAGCAAGUUCCAAUAGAUUCAUCAGGGGACUCUACCAAGUACCAUCGUUUGCUUGAGUUAGAAAAGCUAUACGCUACAGUGGUGGAAGAGAACGAGAACCUACGCAUUGGCAUGCACGAGAUACUGCAGAAGCUGCGUGAAUAUGAUGCGAUGUCGGAGCGAUUAACGAUCGAUACAUCCUUGCUGGAGAGAAUCUUGAAUGCCCUCAAUGACCGUCCGGUCUCUGCGUGGUACCAUUCGACUGUGAGAUUACAGAACGAGUUACGAGAACGCGAUAUGCUGCUGAAGGAGCGGCUCGGACCAACGGGCGCUUCGGAUUCGGGACGGAAAAGUAAGAGCGUUCAGUCGACGGAAAGUGUGAACGAUUCGGGUAACGUUUGCAAUGAAGAUGAUAACUCGGAAACAAUCGAUCCGUUGGUCGAGCAAGAUCAGGGUGAUUUCAGCGAGCAAGUGCUGCUAAAGGCAGUAGAGAUCGAUCGUUUGACGGAGGCAUUGGAUGAGCUUCGAAACGAGAAUGAGCGACUACUUGCGCAGCAUGACGAGCUGAAGGUGACCGAAACACUCUACAACGAGCUGUUGAACAUGACCAAAGCAUCUGAUAGCGAAAAGGAUCGAAUGCUAGUACAAACGCUCGAACGCUUGAAGAGCAUAGAAUCGGGUGUUUGUGCUUUGCAGCGGAAAGUCGACUACUUAAAGUCAGAUAACGACAAUUUGCAGAAUACUAUGCGGACAAUCAAAAGCGAACAUCUGGAAUUGCUGCACACGUUGCGUUGCGAGCUAGCACGGAAGAACAGCGAGUUCAAACAGCGCCAAUCCGUUGAAGGCUCCAAUCAAAAUCCGGUGGAUACGGUAGAGAGUGAAUCGAUCGAAAAGCUGGAAGCCGAGCUGGCUCGCAUGAAGCAGGAGGCGACAAACUUUUACGGAAUCUUUCUCAAAAGCAUACGAGAGGUCGACAAAGACCAACUGCUUGAGGUGGAUUACAGUAAAAUAAACCAAUUAGGUGUGGUCGACUCUAAUUUAAGCGUCGAGUUCAUCACGAAAGACGAGUAUCGAAACCUGCGGGAAAGGUUGGAUCAUAUGGAGCGAGAACUGCAACGAGAAGCCACGAAGAACGGUCAUUUGGAGGAACUACUAAAGAUUUCAAACGAACAGAUUCGCUCGCAGCAGUCACUUAUAUCGAAGUAUUCCGAGGAAGAAGUGAGUUUACGGCACUUGGUAGUGGAUCUGCAAAGUACUUCAAAUGAAAAGUACAUGCUUGCCAGAACUCACAAGGAAUUGAACGCUGUCCGUGAACAGGAGGAACAACUCAAAGGUGAAAAUGCAAAAAUGAAGCAGAAGUUUUUAGAGAAAUUGGCCGAAUUGAUCAAAUUUGAAAGCCAAAGUGAAUACCUGACAAGACAGUUGAUCCUGUGCCAGGAACAACUCGAUCAGUUGCAAAACGAAAACCAGCAGCUUCGACUGGGCGAGGUCGAGAACACUCGCCACUGGGACACAUUGGAGCUGUUGUUCGGUGAUGAAACGGAGCGGAAACGCAAGGAUAAUGAUCGGUACUUCGACAAGGAGGUGCAGGUGUGCGUUGACACAUCAUCGAAGUGUAUCAAUACGAUCCCCAUCAUUGAUGAUCUUCCGUUAGGCAAACCUAGCAGAAGCUCUUCUGGUGAUACAAUACACGGAACGGGAGAUAGGCCAGAAGAAUGCGCGGUGGGAACGGAAACUACCGAAGAAUCCGUUGGCCAAACGAUCGCACAGAAGUCACUCGAGUCACAAUUGAAACAGGCAAUGAUGCUGGCGUCAACGCGGAGCGCAUUGCUUCUUGAGACCGAAAACCGUCUAUCGGAAUACCAGGGUAGGAUACGGCUACUCGAGAAAUCUCUCGAAGAAAAGACAAGUCUUUUGAAGCAGCAUGAGCAGUCCGCUACCACCGAGAAGCAUGAUCGGAACGAGGAUAACAUUCUUAGUUCUACAAUUGGUUCACUACAGAAUCUUCUAUUGGAGAAGGACACCACGCUGUCACGAUAUCAGGAAUUGCUGAAAGCGGAACGUGCAGAACACUCGCAGGUUUACGACGAUAACAUGGCCCAAAUAAGAAAUCUGAAAAAAUCCAUCGACGAAAUGGAGCAAAAAUUGUACGAAAAGCAGAAGGAAUGUGACAAUCUCGAAGCCCAGGUUGGAGAGCUGAGUCGACAAAAAGCAGAGCAGGAGAGUUUACCGGAAAAGCAGUCCAAUGCAGAACAUUCAACCCACGAUAAGAACGGGCAGCCUGCGGCGGAGGGUUUAGUAUACACCGACAAGAUCAUUGAAAACAUCUACGAGAUUGACGAAAAGAAGGAACGGGAGCUGCAAGAGUUGCAAGUGCAGUUGAGAAUGAUUGAGAGCAACUUGCAAGAUGCAGAAAAUGAACAAAAGCGAUUGCAGGUGCUACUUCGCGAAACGAUGACCCGCGAGAAAAAAUUGGAAAAGCAGCUACGUGAAAAGGAAAGCGAGCUUGCAUCGACGAAUGCACGGCUAUCCAGCGAGACAAACGAUCUGCGCGAGUUCAGCGAAACUAUCGCCACUGCCCAGGAGCUCGAGCAACUGAAGGAGAUGCUGGAGGAAAAAGAUCGCCAUAUCCAGGAUCUCACGGACACGUUGUCGCAGUUCCACGAGGAUCAGAGCAACUUCAUGAACGAUACGUCGCUACAUUCGGCAGAGCAGGUAUCGCAGUUAAGUGCCGAUUUAAAUCGUAGCGAAGCUAGCAAUCGUGUGCUGAAAACACAGAUUGAUGCCCUCAAGAGACAGAUUGCUAGUGUACAGCAGCGCGAAAAGCAGUCACGCGAGCUGGUCAAAACUCUCAAGAACCAGCUCAUCAAACGACCCGUGAUAGCGAUGAAGACGGAUAGGUUGACGACACCUAGGGAAGAUCAGCUGGCCAGGCGCGUUCAGCAGCUGGAGACGGAACUGCUCGAUGCAAAGGACGAACUGCGGAAGCAAACGAUGAUAAACGAAAAUCGGCGUGCGAAGACGGCCGCCGAGUUGGAUUUGUGGAACAAGCAGAAACGUUGGCAGCAGAUGGCGGAAAGGUUGAAGGGCCAACUGAAAGAGCGGGAAGUGGAGCUAGAAAAGUUGAAAGUGCACUUUAACACGGCCAAGACGACUAUCAGUCGCCUAGAACGCGAUCGUGCUCGAUUGCAGAGUUCUGGCGCGGGAUCGAACGCUGUCGCCGUUGGACCCCAGCAAAUGCCGGAAAAUAAGUAUCAGGACGGUUCGGAAUCUCCGGAACAGUCGUGCAGUACGGAUAGUACGGUUUCCGAGAGUACCAGCACAACGACUCACAUGUUCGACGCAAAUAGGAAAGAGAUCAUAGAAGCACUCAAGAGUCGUAUCGAAGCUCAGCAACGGCGAAUAGUGGCAAUGGAGUUGGAACGCAAGGGUUCCAACACUGUUGCACAUGAGUUGGAGAGGAUGCAAGAGAAGUUAUGUAGUUUGGAGGCACAUAACGUUCGUUUAGAGGCGAAAACUCUUCAAUUGCAGCUCGAUAACGAUAUGUUGCGACAAAAUGAUGAAAGGGAUCGACUUAAACGCCAAAUAGCACAUUUGGAACAAUACAUUAUAUCGCUUAAAGAAGAACUUUCCAAAGCCACCGCGGGAUGCCCGGAGACGAUAAAUUUCGAAAACCUGUGCAUCCGAUGUAGCCGCCGUAACGGUUCCACCGAACAGGAGGAACGCCGUGCCAAUCUCGAGCAAACGGUGCUUACGUUGCAACGGAUGAUCGAUAAGCUGCGUGCUGAGAACAAGUACCUGAAGGAACACCGAACACGCGAACAGCCGAUUAGUGGUGGACAGCACGGUUCCACGGUGUCAAAGGAUGCCUACGAGCGACUCAAGAAAGAUCACGAAAAGCUGCAGGCGAGCUACGCGGAGGCCCAGAAUAAGCUGUCCAUGCAGCAGGUGGAGAUUGAACUGCUGUCUAGUGUAAGCUGUACUCGCUGCAAGGUUCUCUCCGGUGGCAGCGACCUUGCGGCAUCGGUGGGUAAUACGAAUGCGGAAGAGUGCACGGUCCGACUAGAAGAGCUAAAAGACAAGCUAGAGAAGAAGAGUCAAUUGUUGGAAAAAGCCAAAAUACUGCUGCAGCGCGCAGCGGCCAAGGAGCGAUACUUGAAAGAACAGAUUGAUCUGCUGCGUCGCAAGUGUUCCGAUCUACAGAACGUUCCCGUGAUUGACGAGAUAAGUGAGUAA